AUGCGGCAGCUGCAGGCUGCCUUCAAACUCGGGCACGCGCAGACUGGAGAGAAUCCCGAGCUGCGCGCGUUCUUCUAUCGCCUCGCCUGGCUCAGAGGACGCACCGCCCACGUUGUCUUUGUGGCGGAUGGCGCUGAUAGACCGUCGGUCAAACGUGGUACGCAGGUGCGGACUACUCCACUGUGGCUCCAGAGGAUCUUGGAGGACUUCGUGGUCGCCUGCGGCUUCGCUUGGAUUGAGGCUCCCGGAGAGGCCGAAGCUGAACUUGCCCACAUGAACAAGACGGGCUUUGUCGACGUCGUCUUGACAGAUGACAGCGAUGUGCUCGUGCUGGGUGCACCCGUGGUAAUGCGCAAGUACGUCUUUCGGUCCGCUACCUCGCCUAAGCAUUGGAGCUCACCCUGCACUCCCUCUAGCCCGGUUAACUACAAGAGAGACUGCUCUGACCACGUUCGGGUCUACCGAGCUACCGACAUUGAGAGCAAGGCUGACCUGACCCAGGGCGACAUGCUGCUCUACGCUCUGUUGGUUGGUAAUGACUAUCAUGACGGUCUCAAAGGAUGCGGACAGGCCGUCGCCCUCGAAAUAGUCAAGUGCGGCUUUGGCCAAAUCCUGUACGAAGCCCUGCUCAGGUACCCAGAUAACAACGACCACAAGCUGGCAGUGUUUCUUGCGGGCUGGAGAUACCGCGUGAAGUGCGCGCUCAAGGCCGGCUCCACGAACUUCAAGCGCAAACACCCCGCGCUGGCCGAGAACAUAACUGACGCUUUCCCCGACCUUUACGUGGCCAGACUAUUCCUACACCCUCUCGUCUCUCCCGUUGAGCGCUAUGAGGCGAUCCCUGGACCGCGACCUAUGGAUCUUGCGCGGCUCGGCCAUCUCUGCGAGCUCCACUUCAGCUUUGGAAGCUCCACCGGCAUCAAGGACACAUUCCGCACCGCGCUAUGGCCUGGGGAGUUAGUCAGUAUGUUGGUAGCUGAAGGGCUGGUGAAACUCGGCCAUGCUAUUGAACCGGUGAGCUGUUCAAUGUGUUUAGCCGUAAGAUCGAGCUGA